AGUAGAAACAGAAUGAUGAUGGGGCCAAUGUGGCUGAAACCGACUCAAUAACUAUUUAAUGGCAAAAACCACAAUUACUUUUGCACCAAUCUAAUAGUAGCAGUAGGAGGAGCUUAGAUCCCAAAGCCACUGGGGGAUUUUUAAGGCUUUGCUAAGAAUUUUAGACUUUCAUUACAUUAUCAGUGGGGAGCCAUGGAAAGUUUAGGAAAAGUGUGACAACCUUAGAUUUGCGUUUUCGAAAGAUCACUGGCAGCUGGAGUGUAGUGGGGCAAGGGUGACAAGCAGGGAGACUAUUUACAGGGUUACGGCAGUAUCCCAGUGAAAGAUACUGGGAGCCUGGAACAGGAUAAUGGCAGGUAGAGACACAAAACAGUGGAUGAAUUUGGGAUGUAUAGUAUUUUGGAAGUAGGGCCACAGGGCCUGGUGAUUAAUUGAAACUUUAGCACAAUAAUCACACAAAGUCGAAGAUCCUCCCCAGCAAGAUUAGCUAAUAGGUUAUUGAUAAGUUGCAAAAUCUUCCCCAUUCUCCCUUGGCAAAGAUUCAAAAGCCCUGGUGAUACUCAGGGCCGACAGAUUACUCAGGCCGCACAGAGCGCGUGCACAAGGCCGUCGCUCGCCUUGUGACGCAAGACUUCAUUCCCUGGACGUCAGCGGCCUGGAAGUGCAACGUUUCCUGGGCAACGCCAUUGUCGCAGCUCCGGUGGGGGAGGGAUGACUAAAGACAACGGCUGUAAGAGAACUCCACAAGAGAGUCAGAGCGAAAAUGUGCAACAAGUGAGGCGGCUCCCGCCAUGGCAGGUGAUUCGAGGACUCAGCACGAGGCGAGAGUAGGGACCGGGAAGAGCCGGAAAACCCGCCUGUGAUUGGCCGUCCACGGGUAUCGGUCGGUUGUGAUUGGGUGAGGCCCAGACAGACAGCUGCGUUUUGACCCGCGUAGGGUUCUGGGUAGCAAAGGCCUUGCAAGGCUCUUAACCGAAAGGGGGAGGGGGAAGGUCGCCAACAAACGGCUGAGCUCACAAUCCUGGCCGGGGCGUCCCCCUCCCCCAUGGAGAGAGCCAGACCCGAGCCGCCGCCUCAGCCGCGCGGGUUGCGUCCCGCUCCGCCCCCGCUGCCGGUCGAGGGCACCUCCUUUUGGGCAGCAGCCAUGGAGCCCCCUCCGUUGUCUCCUACACUGAGCGCGGCCGCCAGUGCGACCUUGGCCUCGUCGUGCGGGGAGGCAGUGGCGUCCGGCUUACAGCCCGCGGUGCGGCGGCUGCUGCAGGUGAAGCCAGAGCAGGUGUUGCUGCUACCACAGCCUCAGGCCCAGAACGAGGAAGCCGCUGCCUCGCCCGCGCAGGCGCGGCUGUUGCAGUUCAGGCCCGACCUGCGGCUCCUGCAGCCGCCGACAGCGUCAGACGGCGCCACCUCCAGGCCCGAGUUGCACCCGGUGCAGCCCCUGGCGCUGCAUGUCAAGGCCAAGAAGCAGAAGCUGGGGCCCAGCCUGGAUCAGUCAGUGGGGCCUCGAGGGGCCGUCGAAACCGGUCCUAGAGCCUCCAGGGUGGUCAAGUUGGAAGGCCCCGGGCCGGCCCUCGGCUACUUCCGAGGGGACGAGAAGGGCAAGCUGGAGGCGGAGGAGGUCAUGAGAGACGCGAUGCAAGGCGGGGCAGGCAAAAGCCCGGCAGCCAUCCGAGAAGGUGUGAUCAAAACGGAGGAACCCGAGAGACUCCUCGAGGACUGCAGCCUCGGCGCGGAGCCCGCGUCCAAUGGCCUGGUUCAUGGCAGCGCGGAGGUCAUCUUGGCCCCAACGUCCGGUGCCUUUGGGCCGCACCAGCAAGACCUUAGGAUCCCUUUGACGCUCCACACGGUCCCCCCUGGGGCCCGGAUCCAGUUUCAGGGAGCUCCGCCUUCAGAGCUGAUAAGAUUGACCAAGGUCCCCCUGACACCAGUGCCUAUUAAAAUGCAGUCCCUACUGGAGCCUUCUGUAAAAAUUGAAACCAAAGAUGUCCCGCUCACCGUGUUGCCCUCAGAUGCAGGCAUACCAGAUACUCCCUUCAGUAAGGACAGAAAUGGUCAUGUGAAGCGACCCAUGAACGCAUUUAUGGUUUGGGCAAGGAUCCACCGACCAGCACUAGCCAAAGCUAACCCAGCAGCCAACAAUGCAGAAAUCAGUGUCCAGCUUGGGUUAGAGUGGAACAAACUUAGUGAAGAACAAAAGAAACCCUAUUACGAUGAAGCACAAAAGAUUAAGGAAAAGCACAGAGAGGAAUUUCCUGGUUGGGUUUAUCAGCCUCGUCCAGGGAAGCGAAAACGAUUCCCUCUAAGUGUUCCCAGUGUAUUUUCUGGUACCACACAGAAUAUCAUCUCUACAAAUCCUACAACAGUUUAUCCUUACCGCUCACCUACGUACUCUGUGGUAAUUCCCAGCCUACAGAAUCCCAUCACUCAUCCAGUUGGUGAAACCUCACCUGCUAUCCAGCUGCCCACACCUGCUAUCCAGCUGCCCACACCUGCAGUCCAGCGCCCAAGCCCUGUCACACUUUUCCAGCCCAGCGUCUCCAGUGCUGCUCAGGUGGCUGUCCAGGAUCCAAGUCUACCUGUCUAUCCAGCACUCCCACCCCAACGCUUUACUGGGCCUUCCCAAACAGACACUCAUCAGCUGCCUUCUGAAGCCACUCACACUGUGAAGCAACCCACUCCUGUCUCUCUAGAGAGCACCAACAGGAUUUCAAGUAGUGCAAGUACUGCCCAUGCCAGAUUUGCAACUUCGACCAUCCAACCUCCUAAGGAGUAUUCCAGCAUUUCCCCUUGUCCCAGAAGUGCUCCAAUCCCCCAGGCUUCUCCCAUUCCACACCCACAUGUCUACCAGCCCCCUCCCCUUGGCCAUCCAGCCACACUGUUCGGGACACCACCAAGAUUCUCUUUUCAUCACCCUUACUUCCUACCCGGACCUCACUACUUCCCAUCAAGUACAUGCCCUUACAGUCGGCCUCCCUUUGGCUAUGGAAAUUUUCCGAGUUCAAUGCCAGAAUGCCUUAGUUAUUAUGAAGACAGUUACCCAAAACAUGAGGGUAUCUUUUCAACUUUAAAUAGAGACUAUUCUUUUAGAGACUACUCAAGUGAAUGCACACACAGUGAAAAUUCUCGGAGUUGUGAGAACAUGAAUGGAACUUCUUACUGUAACAGUCAUAGCCACAGUGGGGAAGAAAACUUAAACCCUGUGCCUCAGCUGGACAUUGGAACCUUGGAGAAUGUCUUCACAGCCCCGACAUCAACUCCUUCUAGCAUCCAGCAAGUCAAUGUCACCAACAGUGAUGAGGAGGAAGAAGAAAAAGUGCUCAGGGAUUUAUAAUUUUAAAACAAAUAUGCACAGAAAAUAAACAUUUCUUAAAAUAUAUUCUGGGUCUGUUGGUAUGAGAAAAAAAAAAAAGCCUAGAAUUCUUUGUUGAAAGUUUUCAGUCGUGAUUUGAGGAGUUAAAACCAAAUGCAAUUUAUGUCUUCAUAAAAUUUUGAUUAGCGAAACUAGAGUCUGGAUGUUUCAUUGUAGGAAUAUUUAAGUUAUUAAGUAGUUUAAUUUUAAUGGCUGAAAUUUGCAUCAACAUGUAUUAUUAUUACUUUAUCCUGGAACAUGCAAAAUACUGAAGACUCACAGUUGUAUGUGAGGGGAGAGGAGGUAUAAAUCUAGCAUAGUGUGAUUUUUAUUUUAUCUCAGGAUACAUUUUUUAAAUGAUUUUUUGUUUGCUUUUUAUGUAAUACUUAUGGAUGUUGUCAAUUUUUGAUAUAACAUUUUGAAAGUAUUUUGACAACUCUUAGUGAACUUGGACUCGGUUGCUAAAUUUAACUUACACUAAUAACCAAUUAUAAGUUCCAAAUGUGCUUUAAUGGCACCUGGGUGAUUCUUCAGCUAAAUUUAGUCAUUUCUGUUUCUAAAUAUUUUAUCAUUUUAAAAUAUUUUUUUUUCCAUUUGGCAUACAUCGUUCUUUGUUGUAAUUAAAUAAACAUAGAUAAAAUUGUU